UGUCUGUGUGUGUGCAAGCGUGCACGACUCCGUGCGCGCGUGUGCGUGACAGGAGAGAGGAAGCAUCUCUCAUCUGUCUUGCCCUCUUCCUCUUUGAACUCACACUCGACUCACCUCAGCCAGAGACAGGACAGGCCUACAGUAUAGCCUGUUUUCCACUCCAGCGAUCGGCAACCGCAUCCUCUGCCGGGUGUUCACCGGUCCUUGCCCCCCUGCACGAGGCCCCUCUGAACCACUGCUCGCCAACCACCACCACCCAGAACAAUGAUCAUCAGCGCGGUCAAACUCUUUGGGCUCGUCCAUCUGCUCUGGGCCUGCCAGCUCACGAAGGAAUGUGUUGCACAAGAGAAUGCCACAGAAAUGAUGUCUCCAAAUAGCCCAGCACUGGCUCCAGAUUCGACCAUCUCAUCAGAGGACAACGUGACAGACACGGGUCUUACUACUACAGAAUACAGUUACGAUACCGACGAGGGCACGUACGAUUACUCCAACAUCGAGCUCCUCUGCGAGAAGAAGAAAAACCGCGAGUUCCGCGCCUGGUUCCUGCCGACCGUCUACUCCGUCAUCUGCUUCAUGGCGCUGGUUGGCAACACUCUGGUCAUCCUCACGUACAUCUACUUCAGCCGGCUGAAGACCAUGACGGACAUCUACCUGCUCAGCCUGGGCGUGGCCGACCUGCUCUUCGCCCUGACCCUCCCGUUCUGGGCGGCCAGCAUCAUGGCCAAGUGGGUGCUGGGCGCGUUCCUGUGCAAGGCCAUGCACGCCGUGUACCGCAUCACCUUCUUCAGCGGCAUGUUCCUGCUCACCUGCAUCAGCGUGGACCGCUACUUCGCCAUCACCAAGGCCGUGUCGGCGCACCGCUGCCGCUCCCGGGCCAUCUACGUGAGCAAGGUGUCCAGCCUGGUCAUCUGGCUGGUGGCCGUGCUCUUCUCCAUCCCGGAGAUGAUCUACACGCACGUCAGCGCCAACGAGACGUGCGACCUGUACUACAACCAGUCCGCCGCGCUGGUGGUGGGCCUGCAGGUCACCCAGAUGGUGCUGGGCUUCGCCGUGCCCGCCCUGGUGAUGGUGUUCUGCUACAGCAGCAUCGUCCGAACGCUGGCGCUGGCCAGGAGCUUCGAGAAGAACAAGGCCGUCAAGGUCAUCUUCGCGGUGGUGAGCGUCUUCCUGAUCUGCCAGAUACCGUACAACAUCGUGCUGGUGCUGAAGACGGUGAACACCGCCAGCGGCGGCACCAAGGAUUGCUCCGAGGACAACGCCCUGAUGUACGCCAUGGACGUCACCAGCGCGCUGGCCUUCCUGCGCUGCUGCGUCAACCCCUUCCUGUACGCCUUCAUCGGCGUCAAGUUCCGUCGCGACCUGCUGAAGCUGCUGAAGGACCUGGGCUGCAUGAGCCCCGCGCUCUUCUACGAGCUCACCUCCUGCACACGCAAACGCUCCCUGGGUGGCAUGGAAACCGAGACCACCACAUCCUUCUCACCGUGACAACAGGAACAGGGUUGACACCCCAUGUUUUUUUUGGCUGCGAGCACCUAGCCUUAGCCUUAGCCUUAACCUUAACCCUAACCCCUGCCUAACCUUAGUGCCUUCCAUGCAGCACUGCCUGAAAGACGACAUUUGGAGCGUAAAAUACCAAAAGGCCAAAUAAGGGGUAAACACAAACAAAGGAGUUCACACAAAUAACAAGUUUGCUAAGCAUUGUGGCCCGGAGGUGUCAUGAUAAGAUGUUUCUAAAUCACAAGGCAGCGGAUCCGUGUUCAUCCACAUGGUAUUUGACCCGGUAUUUCACACAGUAGCGGCAUGUGAUGAAUGUACACCACUGAAACAUUGGUCGAGUAAUAGUUGCAUUGAUGUUGGAAUGUUUGAGAGACAGCACUUUUUCUGUUAUUAUCCAAAUAGUAUUAACGUUUUUAACUCACUUUUUAGAUAAUCCAUUUUUUAUCCUCCAUCCUUUGUAGUAUUAUCUCUAUUUUUGUAAUUUUCUGUGAGACUUGAUAAUACAGUAUGCACUUCUGACAGCUACAUUAUGCCCACAGUACCUACAUGUAUCACCUUUUGUAAUAAAUGUAUUUGUUACUGUAUGUAUAUUACUUUUACCAUAUCUGCCAUGCAGCAUGAUGGUACUGUCUGUUUAUGUACAUAGUGCUAACGGAUUGUAACACACACACACACACACACACACACACACACACACACACACACACACACACACACACACACACACACACAAACUCACAAGUUAUGUAUUCAAUUCUGUAAAAAUUGCUCAAUAAAA